GAAGAGCUGCAGUGUUUCGCGACGGAGACGGCAUUUCAAAAGGGAACCAAAAAUAUCGAUUACUCUCCGAAUUCUUUUCAGUGUCCAGUGACCGGGGUAAUCCUCGUCGGAUUGCGUGAUAUUCAUUGUAUCUGAUAAAAACCGGGGAGAUUAAGAUGGUGAGAGCAACGUUCGUAAUUCUGUUAGCUGUCGUGGCGGCGACGCAUGGAGCAUUUAAUUGUCCCAACAAAGAUGGUCAAUACGAGGAUCCGAAACAAUGUGACAAAUACUACGAAUGUGCUGACGGCGUUGGAACAGAGAAACUCUGUCCAGAUGGUCUCGUUUUCGACCCACUAAAUCGUAAGGUCAACAAAUGCGAUCACGUGUUUAAUGUGGAUUGUGGGGACCGUCUCGAACUACAACCACCGCAACCGACAAAGAAGUGUCCGCGAAGAAACGGUUUCUUUGCCCAUCCGGAUUCAUCCGUCUGUAACAUCUUUUACAACUGCAUCGAUGGCGAGGCGAUCGAAAUCACGUGUACCACUGGUUUGCACUUCGAUGAGUACAGCGGAACCUGCGUUUGGCCCGACAGCGCAGGUCGCGAGGGUUGUGGAGUUGUAGACAAGAAGUUGAAAGAUGGCUUCGAGUGUCCAAAGGAAAGUCAGGUAGACACUAGAGGAAUGGUCGUUGAUCAUCCUAAGUUUGCUCAUCCAGACGACUGUCAGAAAUUCUACGUUUGCUUGAACGGAGUAACGCCACGCGAACAGGGUUGCAGCGACGGCACCGUUUAUAAUGAAGAACAGCAAAGAUGCGACGCGCCUGAGAAUGUUCCCGGCUGUGAGGAUUGGUAUAAGGAUGACGACAAAAAGCCGUGAAAAGCCUUCAAAAUUAAUAUGUCCCGCAUCGGGAUCUCGACUUCAUCGUGAAAUC